AUGGAUGAGCUGGAGCUCCCACCUGACCGAGCCAACCUCUUCGAGGUGAUUGACGCCGACGGGAGUGGAACUUUGGCCAUUGCGGAGCUUGUGCAGGGCUUGCUGAAGAUCCGUGGUGAGAUCAACAAGUCCGAUACCGUGGCCGCACUGCUGGCAGCCAAAGCAGUGCAAAACAUGGUGUUGGAAUUCAAGGAUGAGCAGAAAAUGGCCAAUGAGGUGCUCCGAAAGGAGAUGAGGGAGGAACUGCAUCGGUGCACAACUUGCUCGCCAUCUCCAUCUAAGUCAGCGUCGGCCCAAAGGGCAAGACCAAGAGUUGCAAACGUUUGA